AUUAAUAGUCUUAUCAAAAGCACUUUGCAAGUAUUACAGAUUAGUAAAAAUAAACGACAUGUUAAUCGACCUUGGUUUCUGAGGCACCAUUAAAUGACUACAAAAGCGUCCUCUACACACUUAUGUUGGUACUAGCAGUAGUCAUUUGCACGGUUCGGUUUGGAAAGUAUGUGUGGUGCUCGGUAAAACAAAGACGAUCAACGAUAUGAUUAGCUUUCGUUUUACUUUCGAAUAUUUACGUUAAUUUGAUCGAAUUGGUAGUAAAACGUAAGCAUGAGAAACCUAGCCAACCAAAAACUUAUUGUGAUUAGCACUGGCUGACAACAAUGAACAUACCGAACCUCGUAGUUCUUUAAUGUACCUGUAACAACUCGUGUAAUACGUCUUUUAAGAACCAAACGGUCAAAAUCAGUUUUGGGUACACUACCGGUGCCGAUUGCAGUGAAUCCGUGAUAAUUAAUUGUGAUUAGUGGUGUAAAGUGUAACCAAAAUUUUAUAUCGUCAAUGUGCUAUUUCCACCAAACCUUUCGGACAUCAUACCCAACCUGCAAACUUGUUAACGUGGAAAUUUGGUUUUUUAAUACUUUUGUGGAGUACGGUCAAUUUUAUGGGUCUGUGUCACAGUUGCCGAAAGAAUAAGGUUCCAUUUCGAGAUAAAAACAAAAUCAUAAACCAUGAAGUAAAUGGUUUUCCGACUCUUGUUCCUGCGACUAUACAAUCGUCAACACCCAAAGGCACAUCGAGAAUGUCUAAUUCGUUUCCUAACAUGAACAUCACUAAUCCAAUUAAAGGUUUGGUCAGUAAACGAAGAAAUCGAUAUAAGAAGGAUGGAUUUAAUUUAGACUUGACUUACAUAACGGACAAUGUGAUAGCAAUGGGUUAUCCGGCGUCAAAUAUCGAAGGCGUUUAUCGCAAUCAUAUCGAUGAUGUCGUCAAGUUCCUCGAGUCGAAGCACAGGGACCACUACUUCAUUUACAAUUUGUGUUCAGAGCGGUCCUAUGACUGUUCAAAAUUUCACAACCGUGUGCGGACUUUCCCGUUCGACGACCAUAACCCGCCCAAAAUCGAGCUGAUCCGCCCGUUUUGCGACGACGUGCACACGUGGCUUACGAAGGAUCCCCGGAAUGUCGCCGCGGUUCACUGCAAAGCGGGCAAGGGCCGUACCGGGACUAUGAUAUGCUGUUACCUAUUGCAUUCCGGCCAAUUUGUCACCGCCGAAGAGGCUCUCAACUUCUACGGACAAACACGAACGCAAGAUCGCAAGGGCGUUACCAUACCGUCACAACUACGUUACGUUAACUAUUACGCGUCCUUUCUAAGGGACGGACUGGACUAUGUGCCCGUGUCGUUGUACAUCCGCGAGAUUAUAUUCGAACCGACUCCGUGUUUUCCGGGCGGCCAAGGCUAUCUUUGUUUCUCUAUUUCGCAACAGACAAUCGCAAACGCUGGUGAGCAUUCGCAGAAGUGUGUGAAGCUGUUUAAAAGUGGAGUGUACGAAGUGCGUAAGGGUUCGUCGAGUUUUGUGAUACGGCUGGACCAGUGUAUGCCUAUCACUGGGGACGUGAAGUUAGAAUUUUAUAAUAAGCCCAAGUUGGGCAGAAAGGAGAAGAUAUUUCAGUUUUGGUUUAAUACGUUCUUUGUGCGUAACGAGUUGUCCAUACAAGAUACGACGACAGAACCCAAUGGACAUUUGCCCGAAAACGGAAACGGUGUGACUCGGAAUGUCCACUCUAAGGCUCUCGUUCUUUCAUUGAUGAAAAACGAACUGGAUAUAGUGAACAAAAAGGACAAGCAAAAUAAAGUUUUCAGUUCGGAAUUCAAGGUAACGGUUCUAAUGCACAAAGUGCCGACGAAAAAUCCAGGGCCCCCUAGCUGGCUAGUGACCCCUACUUUCCACCAGGAAACGCGGCAGGAUACCCCGAGCGAAAGUUCCGAAGCAGACACUUCGGAGGAUGAGUACAACGACGAAGAUGACUGGGAUAGUGGUGAAUCAACCUACUUAUGAGUGGGCCAAGUUCGAAUGGUACAAACGGAGUGCAUGUAUUGUCAUCACGUGAUUUGUAUAUACUUAUAUUAUAUUGUCGUGCGUUCAUUUUUACUGUUUUUUAUUUUUUAUUUGUUUUAAUUCGUUCAUCGCCUCUAUAUUCCAUUAAUCGUUAAUAGAACGCUUGGGGUUUUCUUUUUUUUUUUUUAAUUUAUUGUUAAGCCAAGUCUUGGUAUACAAAUAAGGCAAAAUGGCCCAAAACAUGUCACUUUGCUUAUUUUAAACUUUAUUUUUAAUUCGAAAAUGAUGUCUUCCAUAAAAAAAUAGAAAAAUACUAAACUCUUACUAUUUAGGGUGUCUCUCGAAUUUAAACAAUUUAUUUUUCAUUUGAGAAAUUUGACAGUAAUGUACCUCCUUAAGUAUUUCUCAAAUAAAUACUUGCAAUUUUGAUACACAUACAUAUAUGCAGAACAAUAAUAAUAUAUUAACACUGGACCCUUAAUUUUUUAAUCGCUUUAUUUUAUAUAUCAACCCGCUUUUUCUUCAAGAACGACCCUAUCUGUGUGCAUAUAUAUUGAAUUAUUUGAAUUUAAAAUAAAAAAGUAACGAUUUCUUAAACACUCGCCCAGUGAAGAUUAUUUUCUGGAAGCAAACAAAAAAAGAGUAAUAGGUUCAAAAAAAGAUAGCAUAAAUUGUCUUAAUUUAAAUUUAUAUUAUUUAAUUUUGAAGUACAAAUUGUUCAAAUUACUGAUCUCAAGGUUUAUAUUUAUAUCUUGCCAAUUGCAUUUUGGUUACCUUAACACAAGUAUAUUAUGCCAGCGAUGCGAUGUUGCAAAAUAUUUUGACAUUAACUUAGAAUUUUUGCACUACAACUUAUUGAUUUAUAAAUAUUAUUGUAUGUAAUGUGUUAAUUAGGGGGAAUUUGUUUACUUUAUUAUGGCGCGCAGAAAUUAUCGCCUAUUAUUUGAAAGUAUAAGUCGAUAAAGAAGAACAGCUACAUCAUUUGUUAAGGCUUAAAAGAAUAAAAACAAAUUUUCCCUAAUUUUUCUUAUUUUCUUAACAAGGCUGUUGAAUAAUUUCGUUCAAUAAUUUAUUUUUAAAGAUUUAAUUUUAUUAGUGCAUUAGAUCUAUAUUCGUUAAGUGUUUGUAAAUAUAAUGUUAAAUUUUUCGUGUGGUAAUUACUACUCCUACUACUAUUAUUGUUAUUGUGUAUUUUGACUUCCACCCCCAAUGGUUUUUCUAUUGGCGGUGUGAAGAAAAAUUACCCUUACAAAAAAAUAAAAGUUUUUACUGUAACAUGCACAUGUACUUAAAAACAAACAUUAUUAGAAUUAGAAAUAUUUGUAUUAACUUCAGGCUUUUGUAAAUUUUGACCAAACAGACAAUACAGAGUGUUCUGAUUCACGUGGGAUUUUAAUAUGUUAGUAUUGUUGUCGAUAUUAUUGGAGAUGGAAAAAUGUUUUUUAAAGGUAAAAACAAAAUUUUAAGCUCUCGCAAGAAAAAUGUCGUAAUUUAAAAAAAAAAACAAUUUGAAGUAGGCCUAUUUUUAAUAUAAGAAUUUUUACUUUCUUGUAUCAUCCCUUUAAUAGCUUUUUUACAAUGAGUUUGAUUUUUUUUGUGGAGUAAGCAAUUUUAGUGUAAGUAUAAAUAUACCUAUAGGGUAAUAGUUUAUUUAGUUAGUUUUCCUUUAUAUAUAUAUUUGGCAUACAUACUACGACUUCCACAAACGAACCAUUAAAAAGUAUGUAAGUAUAAGUGGGUGUAUUUUAAAAUUUACACCCUUUCAUUAUUUUUUUUUUCAAGUUCAUUAUUCCACACAGAAAUAAAUCAAUUCACUAAGAAAUUAUUAUCAGGUUAAUUAGAAGAAAUAGAGAAAAAGAAACCAGGAGGUUAAUAAAAUUAAAUUGGAUCAGUUGUAAGUAGCAUUUUAAAAUUAUCUUAAAAUUUUACUCAUAAUGUGUCCCUGAAUGCAUUUUGUGAAAAAAUCAAUUUUGUAACCUCUAUAUUAAUUUUUUACGCAUUACUGAAUACUUAAUACGAACUAGUAUUUUUAACUUUUAGUUCUGUUAAUAAAUUAGGUAAAAUUUAUGUAUUAUUUUAUAGUUUUCUGUCUCCUCAAUAUGCGAACAAUACUUUCAGCUGAUCUCGCCUGAACAGGGCACCGUAUGUAAUAUGCAAGCACUCCUGUUUUUCAAAAUAAAUUAUAUAUAUUUAUACAAAUAUAUAUAAGUAUAUAAAAAAUGAACGUUUGAAAAAAACACACUGAUUUGUCGUGUAGUUAUGUGUUUUAGUAAAAUUUGUUUUGUUUCUUUUAUUGAUUGUUUUAUAAUAUUUUUAACUGACCGAGGACAAGCCUCAACCAGACUGUUGAUAAAAUAAAAAAUCCUGUACAACUGUAACGACGACUUAUUUUUUAACAAUAUCGACCUACUCCAAAACAAAUUUUACUACUUAUCUUUAAGAUAUAAAUGUGAUAGGUUUUACCUUAUAGUAAUAGUUUCUGAACGAAUAUUAUUUUUAUAUAUUGACUUUAACGUAAAUGUAUAUUGCAUUAAUACUGUAAAGUUAAAUUUUUAUAUAGUACUAUAGCUUGUGAUAUGUGAAUUUUUUAGUUAGUGUGAAACUUCGUCAGUUGUUUUCAUUUUAGGCGAUGUUUUUUCACAUCUAGAUCUGAAUAGAAUACUUAUUAGGAGCUAAUAAACAAACAAAAUUUUU